GUAUAUAAAUUAAAAACUCUGAUAUGAUUUGCGUCGUUUUAUCCUGUCCCGCCUUCUAUAAUUAAUAUUCAACGAUCGAUCUUUAAUCUUCUCGUCGAUCUGUGAGUUUGUUUCGAUCGACACCGUACGAUGGGAUCUGAGGAUUCCUCGGAUAUUCUCCAUGAUUUUUUCCCGUUAAUGAGAGUGUACAAGGAUGGCAGAGUGGAAAGGCUUUCCGGCAACGAUGUUGUUCCGGCCGACGUGGACGCCGAAACCGGAGUGAAGUGCAAGGACGUCGAGAUUUCUCCGGACCCGAAGGUUUCCGCUAGGCUUUACCUCCCCAAAGGCGCCGGUGAGGGGCGGAAGCUUCCGGUUUUGGUGUACUUUCACGGCGGAGGGUUCAUAGUUGAAUCCGCCUUCUCCCCGACUUACAUGAAGCAUCUUUGCUUGGUGGCGGCGGAAGCUAACGCCGUGAUCGUCUCCGUUGAUUACAGGUUGGCCCCGGAGCACCCUCUCCCGGCGGCUUUCGACGACUCGUGGCGGGCGCUCAAGUGGGUCGCCGCCCAUUCUAACGGCGGGGGAGACGAGGAGUGGCUGAAGGAGUACGUAGACUUUGACCGCGUGUUCCUCGGCGGCGACAGCGCCGGCGGCACCAUAGCACACGGCAUGGCCAUGCGGGUCGGGCUGGAGGGACUGGACGGCGUUAAACUUGACGGCAUAGUCCUCAACUGCCCAUUUUUCUGGGGAAAAGAUCCGAUCGCCGGUGAGGGUGACGACGAGGGUGUUUCGACCUUCGUCGAGAAUCUUUGGCGGUUCGUGAACCCGAAAACAACGGGGCUGGACGACCCGCAGUUGAACCCCGACAAGAACCCGGAAUAUGCGAAACUAGGAUGUAACAGGGUCCUGGUUUACGUUGCGGAGCAGGACCCGUUACGCCACAGAGGGCGGCGAUACACGGCGGAGCUGGCUAAACAGGGGUGGCAAGGAGAGUCGUCGGAGGUGGUGGAGGCUAAAGGUGAAAACCACGUUUUCAAUUUGUUCACUCCGACGUCUGAUAACGCCAUGGCUAUGGUGAAAAAGUUGGCCACUUUCUUUAAUCAUUCUCCAUCUUCAUCAAUAUAAUAUAAUAUUUUGAGCUUCCAAUUCCUGCUGGCUGGCGUAACGUAAUGUAAUGGACAACUAUUCCUGAUAUUCUAUCGCUAAUGCUUAAUAAUUUAGUA